UGGGAGGAAGGGGCUGCCCUGUGCUUCAGUGACUGUCUGACAGCACAAGGGAGGGAAGGAGGCUGGGCAGGUGUUGCAAUCGGCAGCCCCUGGGCCUGUCAGAGACUGAGCCAUUAACGACAGGGCUGGGGAGAGAAGCCGGACUGCGGCUGUUUUCAGGAACUUGCCCUCCAGAGGAGCGCGGAGACCAAGGAGGCCAGGCGGGCUCCCGCUGCAGGCUCCAGCAUGGGGAAACCAAGGUUCAGAAAGGUGCAGUAACUUCUCCACAGUCACGAAGCCGGUAAACACCAAACUGGCGUGCUAUGGCAGGGCUAGGAACCUGGAGCCUGACCGUGGCUGCCCUGAUUGUCCUGCUGCUCCCUAGAAGCCUGGAGGAAUGUGGGCGCAUCAGCCUCCCCACCCCCACUGUCCACCUGGGGGAUCCCAUCACAGCCUCCUGUGUCAUCAGCCCGAACUGCAGCCACCUGGACCCUGAGUCACAGAUUCUGUGGAAACUGGGAACAGAGCUUCAACCUGGAAAGAGGCAGCGACGUCUGGCAGAUGGAAGGCAGGAAUCCACCAUCACCGUGCCCCGCCUCAACAGCCCCCGGGUCCUUCUCUCCUGCUGCGUGCGCUGGGGCACCAGCCUACAGAUCCUGGACCAGGCUGAGGUGCAGGCAGGCUACCCUCCCGCCGCUCCCCAUGACCUGUCCUGCCUCAUGAACCUCACAACUAACAGCCUCAUCUGUCGGUGGGAGCCAGGACCCGACACCCACCUGUCCACCCACUUCACACUCAAGAGCUUCAAGAGCCGGGGAAACUGUCAGACACAAGAGGACUCUAUCCUUGACUGCGUGCCUAACAACGGGCAGAACCACUGCUCCAUCCCACGAAGACACCUCCUGUUGUACCAGAACAUGGGCAUCUGGGUGGAGGCUGAGAACGCCCUAGGGACCAACAAGUCCCCACAGCUGUGCCUCAUUCCCAUGGAUGUCGUGAAGUUGGAACCCCCGACACUGUGGGCCCUGGCCCCCAGCCCUGAGGUGGCCCCACCCCAGCCAGGCUGCCUGCUGUUACGCUGGGAGCCAUGGAAGCCGAGCCUGUACAUAGAACAGAAAUGUGAGCUGCGCCACCAGCCACAGCUUGGAGAAACCAGCUGGGUCCUGGUGGGCCCCCUGCUCUCCCAGACUCUCCAGUAUGAGCUCUGCGGGCUCCUCCCAUCCACAGCCUACGCCCUGCAGAUGCGCUGUACCCGCUGGCCCCUGCCUGGCCAAUGGAGCGACUGGAGCCCUAGCCUGACGCUGACCACUGCGCAACAGGCCCCCAUCGUCAGACUGGACACAUGGUGGCGGCAGAGGCCAUUAGACCCCAGGAUGGUGGCCGUGCAGCUGUUCUGGAAGCCAAUGCCCUUGGACAAAUACAGUGGGCAGAUCCAAGGCUACCUGGUCAGAGCUCCGAACCAGACUGAGGCAGUCCCCCCACUCUGCAACACCACGGAGCUAAGCUGCACCUUCCACUUGCCCUCGGAAGCCCAGGGAGUGGUCCUUGUGGCCUAUAACACAGCCGGGACCUCUAAUCCCAGCCCAGUGGUCUUCCUAGAGAGCACAGGCCCGCCCCUGGCCAGACUCCACACCGAGGCUCCAGAUCCCCACAGCCUCUGGGUGGGCUGGGAGCCGCCCAGCCCUCAGCCUCGGGGUUAUGUGAUUGAGUGGGGCCUGGGUCCCCCCAGCCCCAGCGGCAGCAAUAAGAGCUGGAAGAUGGAGCAUAAUGGAAGCAUUUCUGGGAUGCUGCUGCAGGAGAACAUCAGGCCCUUUCAGCUCUACGAGAUCACUGUGACCCCCCUCUACCAGGACACCGUGGGACCCUCCCAGCACAUCUAUGCCUACUCCCAAGAGAUGGCCCCCUCCCACGCCCCAGAGCUGCAUCUAAAGCACAUUGGCAAGACCUGGGCCCAGCUGGAGUGGAUGCCCCAGGCCCCCGAGCUGGGGAAGAGCCCCCUUACCCACUACACCAUCUUCUGGACCAAUGCUCAAGACCAGUCCUUCUCCACUGUCCUGAAUGCCUCCUCCCAUGGCUUGGUCCUCCACGGCUUGGAGCCUGCCAGCUUGUACCAUGUCCACCUCAUGGCUACCAGCAAGGCCGGGGCUGCCAACAGUACGAGCCUUACCCUGAUGACCUUGGCCCUAGAGGAGUCUGAGCUGCAUGUCCUCCUGGGCCUGUUUGGCUUCCUCCUCUUGUUCACCUGCCUCUGUGGGGCCGCCCGGUUCUGCUGCAAACCCAGCAGGAAGAAUCCCCUCUGGCCAAGUGUCCCAGACCCGGCCCACAGCAGCCUGGGCUCCUGGGUUCCGACCAUCAUGGUGGAGGAGACCUUCCAGCUGCCCAGCCUUCGGGACCCCGGCAUGCCACCCAUCACCAAGAUCACAGUGCUGGAAGAAGAAGAGAAGAAGCCAGGGCCCUGGGAGUCCAAUGACAGCUCAGGGACCUGUGGCCUCCCCACCCUGGUCCAGGCCUAUGUGCUCCAACGGGACCCAAGAGCACCAUCCAACCAGCCCCGGCCCCCAUCUAUCACCAGUGACCAGGUCCUUUACGGGAAGGUGCUGGGCAGCCCCACAGGCCCAGGUCCAGGGCAUUACCUCCGCUGUGACUCUACUCAGCCCCUCUUAGGGAGCCUUAGUCCCAGCCCCAAGUUUUAUGAGAACCUCUGGUUCCAGACCACCCCCCUUGGAAGCCCAGAGCCCCUCGUCCCCAACCAGGAGGAUGACUGUGUCUUCGGGCCACUGCUUGACUUCCCCCUCCUGCAAGGGCUCCAGGUCCAUGGGGUAGAGGGGCUGGGGGGCGUCUAGCGUUCCCUGGGGCCCCCACCUGGGCCUGCCUCUUGAAAGGCCUGGGCCGUCCAGAGGAGAGGAGAGUGUAAGUCCAUCA